UCGUGCAAGGUCGGAAGACCCACUUGCACCGCCUUGGCUCCUUAUUAGCUCCUCCUCGUUCCAUGAUUUACGACGGAUGUUUGUUCGGGUGUUAAUAUGCGUGGGGCGGGAGAAACUUUGUAGGCAACGCCAGUAUAAAUAUAUACAGAGAAGCAUUUCAGAGUUUCUUAUUCUCCUCCAAUGGCGUCUGUCAAAGUUCCUGUUUUUAUAAAUACGACCUUAGAAACCAACAUACUGAUGCCUGUCUCUCCCGAUGCCUCUGUGAAAGACCUAAAAAGAGAGUUCAUAUCGGAACACUUGAAAUGCUUCCCCAGUGUUGGAAAAAUCAGGAUCACCGGUUUGAUGGUGAAAAGGAAAUCAUUCUUCUAUCAUCUCCCUGAUUCAUUGCCAAUCAAGAAUGCUUUUCAGAGGUGGAAGGGAACCUGGUUUCUUCUCAUAGAAGCAGAUCUGGUGAGCAACUCUUCUUACCCUUGUGCCGGUGAAUUUGGUGACAUAUCUAAUGAAGAUUCUGGAGUUACUCCCCGAGGACAUCGCUGUAACGUUGGGAACAAAGUAGACUCGAACCCCAGAGAAGAAGGGAUUUCUCUGCCAGCAGUCGAGACCCCCGUAUCAGUGAAUGGUAUUAUUACAAGAUAUUUCCCCGAGUAUGAAGAGGCGAAGUCUCCGGAUGUAGGUAAUGUCAGUAAGAAUCAUGUUGAAGCUCAUCCAGGCUGCCCGGUUGACCUAGAAAAGUUCCCGAGAAGCAAAAAUAAUGUAGAUCAGAGACCACCUCAUAUUAUGAAAACACCAUCUUCGUUGCUACAGGGUCCAGUGUGUACAAAACCAAAACAAGAAACAUCGAGGGGGAAAUUUGGAAGAACCGAAGUUGGUAAACGGUUGGCUGUAGCAGCAAAUAGUAUCAGGGUUUCAACAGGUACUAAGACAUCAGUGAGUUCUGCCUGCCUAUCUACAGUUGACAAGUUUCCGAAGUCGCUUAUAAGAAAAAUUGUUUUUGAAGUCAGUGAUAAUGAUGAUUAAGGAAAUCUAACAGGUACAAAGCCACUUGUGUAUACUACAAAUAUUUUGCCAUGACACCAGAACUAUAUCAAGGAGUUACCGCGCUAAAAGUGAUGCUGGCGAGUCUACUUUUUAGAUGUACAGAAAAGGCUUAAGUUGGGUUGAUCUUACCAGCUCUAAGGAGAAAAUCCAAUGUGGACGCACCCUUGUAGCAUAAAGUCCAAAUUGGGAAAGACACCUUUAGAGGAAUUUUUGGGUUCCAAACUUAAAUGUUAAGCAUGGCAUCCAUAUCAAGCGAAGCUUGGCAGUUGGCAACUGUAAAAUCAUUGCCUACAUUUGCAAUUGAUCCUAACUCAUGUUCAUUUGAGCUUCUCCUGAUAUUGAAAUUCCAAGCUUCAUCGGUA